AUGGAGGGCACGACAUGCCACUGGUCAUCUCUGAUACACAUCAGACCUCAGACAUGCGGGCCAUUUCAGGUCAAAAGCGUUUCAGUACAAAAUGUUAAAAGAUCCUCGCCUAACGCAUCGAACAGUCCAAACAUUCAGAGAUCCCCGCCUAUCGCAUCGAACAGCCCAAACGUUCAGAGAUCCCCGCCUGACGCAUCGAACAGUCCAAACGUUCAGAGAUCCCCGCCUAACGCAUCGAACAGUCCAAACGUUCAGAGAUCCCCGCCUGACGCAUCGAACAGCCCAAACGUUCAGAGAUCCCCGCCUGACACAUCGAACAGCCCAAACGUUCAGAGAUCACCGCCUAACGCAUCGAACAGUCCAAACGUUCAGAGAUCCCCACCUACCGCAUCAAACAGUCCAAACGUUCAGAGAUCCCCGCCUAACGCAUCGAACAGUCCAAACGUUCAGAGAUCCCCGCCGAACGCAUCGAACAGUCCAAACGUUCAGAGAUCCCCGCCUAACGCAUCGAACAGUCCAAACGUUCAGAGAUCACCGCCUAACGCAUCGAACAGUCCAAACGUUCAGAGAUCCCCGCCUAACGCACCGAACAGUCAAAACGUUCAGAGAUCCCCGCCUAACGCAUUGAACACUCCAAACUAG